AUGGGUGGCGAUUUGAACUUGAAGAAAUCAUGGCAUCCAUCACUCCUCCGCAAUCAAGAACGUGUGUGGUCGGAGGAAAAGCGCGCACUGGAGGAGCGCAAGCGCAUCGACCAGCUCCGCCGUGAACGCGAUGAAGAGCGCCAAAUCCAAGACCUGCAGCGUCUGCAGGAGGAAUCCGGGAAGCCGAAGCAGCACAACAGGGUCGAUUGGAUGUACCAGGCACCAUCGAGCGCGACAGGCCACUACUCGGAGGAGAUGGAGGGGUACCUGCUGGGAAAGCGCCGGAUCGACGGGGUGAUACUGAAAAAUGACGACAACAAGAAGUUGGAGAAGGGAGCCGAUGUGACUGCCUCUCAAGCCCCGCCGCCUCCUGCUGGCAAUCCCCGGGAUACCAUGGCCAAGGUGAUGGCAGAUCCUCUGCUAGAGAUUAAGAAGAGGGAGCAGGCGGCGUAUGAGGCUAUGGUUAAAAAUACAGUGCGUCGGAGUCGGGACCAAGAUCGCGAGAGCAGCAGCCACAAGCGUAGGCAACAUGGUGAUGACGAAGAAUCCCACCGACGUCAUCGUCGCUCCCAUCGUCACAGAUCUCGAUCACCCUCGUCUCCAGAGCGAUCACAUAGAAGCCGGAGGGAUGACCGGAGCUAUAGGGAUGAUCGGGAUCGCAGAGAUAGAGACCGGAGAGAUGACAGAAACCGCAGGAGCGAUAGGCACAAUGGCAGAGACGAUAGGGAUCGCAGAAGUGGUAGAGACGACAGAGAUCAUUACUACAGCAGAGACAAAGAUCGUGACGACAAGUAUGACUGGUCCACACGUCGCGGAUCGUCCCCUCGGCCAGACGAUCAUCCCUCAGACCGACGCCGGACAGGCGAUGAUCGCAGAAACAACUGGGAUCAGGGCCGAAGGGAUUCCCGCAGAACCUAUGACAAGAGGGAUAACCGGGGCCCUAGAGACUCGCACCCACGGGAACGAGGACCCAGCAACCGCAACGGAGCGGGAGAGGCAGACGGCAACAAAGCCAGGGAUCUAGAAGAAGACCGCAAGAGAAGAUUGGCGGAGAUGAUGUCUAACGCAUCUGAAAUGGAAGAUACCCGUCGACAGCACAUCGCUGAUGUCACGGCCAAGGAAGAGAAACAGCGCGAAGAGGACGACAAGAACCGGUCUGAACGGGGUCGCUUUGUGGGACAGAUGCACCGACAGCUUCAGAAUGACAGCUUAGAUGACCGUAUCAAACGCAGUCGUGGUGGCUUGGCUCGGAUGGAUGAAGAUGAGUGA